UUUCCAUGCAGAUUCAAUGUUGUGUUUCCCCAGCUCACAGUGGGUUGGGCAAGCUGCGCGCACUCACGCAUCUGAGAACUAUACAACUCUUCACGAGGUCCCAAACUAAUGAGGAAAAAACAUAUGGCUUGAAUAUUUAUAGAGCGUAUAGCGUCUGACUUCCUUGUGCGCAGAUCAACUCGGUCGAAGGAAGCAGUCUGCAAGUUAGUUCAUCACGAGUUGUCUAUCUGUCUCCUCCCAGUGGUUCAACCGGAAUAAAAUAACUUGUUGCUUGCAGCCAGCUGACUAGAACUCCGUGUCCUUCUUUGGUGCAAUUCUUCUUGUUUUGCACUGUAGUCUUAGCAAUCACUUUUACAUAAAUGGCGACAAGUUCUGAUCGAACACCUCCUCCUUUCCCUGAUAUUGAAGACAUGGAUACUGAAACAAGAGAGGAUAGCAAUGAACAUGACUCUGAUUUAGCGACUGCUGACAUUGAUGUGGGCAACGCUAAUCAAAUGCUUUCAACAGUUCAUGAUGUCAGCAAACCGAAAAGUGCCUCCUCAGAUAAUGUUUCUGACAAGGAACCAAAGAAUGAAUCAAAUAAAGCAACUGAAGACAUUUUUGGAAUGUCCGCAAGCAGUCCUGAAGAUGCAAAUAUCCCUACUGAUGAUUUUGAAACUGAACCGCCCUCUGGCUCAUUUGAUAACCCAUCAGGUGAAAUAGAACUCAUGGCAGACCUUGACAUGACUGGGAAAUUGAUCCAAGAUGAUGACAGUAUAAUUGAUACAAUUGUUAGUGACUCUCCAGACAUUCCAAGCAAUUCCAAAGAAAAUCCUACUGGUGAAAACAUUUCAGAAUUGUUGAGUAAUCCUGCUGGCCUCAGUGCUCCUUCAAAGAAUGACACAGAAACGGCAACCAUUCCUGUCACAAAACCUCUUGCUGAUGUGGACAAUUUCUUUGAAGACAUUCCUGAAGAUCCUGUGAUGAGGCCAAAUACAAAUCCUCUUGAUGACCUCUUCGGUGAUAUCCCUGCUGCACUGUGUGUACAGAAACCACUUUCAGAUGCCUCUGAACAAUCUACUGGUGACAACCAUUCUGAUUUGCUGAAUAAACCUGUAAGGACAGAAGAGAAAGACCUCUUUGCUGACCCACCUGAGGACAUUUUCAGUGGCAUCCUGAAAGAAGAACACGAGCAACAAAGCUUAUCAACAAUUGUUGACCAACCUGUUGACAUUUUCAGUGACAUCCUGAAAGAAGAACAUGAGCAACUAAGCUUAGCAACAAAGCAACACCCCAGUGCCAUUUGCGAUGCCUCACAGGACAUCUGUGUAGAAGGCGAUAGCACCCUCAAUGCUGACUCUGGCGAAUCCCUCGAUGACUUUGAAAACAUUGAAGUACAGUCCGUUACACAUGAACCAGAAAUCACAGUUGAUGACCCUUUGGUAUGUGACACCACAGAACACUCUACUGGGGAAGACCUUUCAGAGUUAUUGAUGGAACCAACUGGUACAGAACCAAAAUCUAUAGUUGAAUCACCUGAGAACACUUUGAGUGAAGGCAAAGAUGACACAGACGACACAGAUGCCACAGAAAUCGCUGCCUCAGAAGUUGUAGGUCUAGGAACCAAUGAUGACCCUUGUACCGAAGAUCUGGACAAUGUUACAGAGGAAUCUCAGAUGGCUCAUCCAGAUGAAAAACAACCAGAUGAUCUUAUCAGUCAGGUGGUCCAAGACAAAGAUGCGCAACAAAACACCUCUGUCAACAUUUCUGACUCCACUGGUAAGCCUCCAGUUGAAAUUGAACAUGUGACAGACCCUGACAUAACGGAUGACGUACUUCAACAUGACAACAGUGUAACCGAUGACGUUGCUAGUGAAUCUCAAGACAGUAAAGUUCAGGAAUCUUUGGGUGUCCUGGAGCCAAUUGUGUGUGCCAAUGAAAAUGCUGCAGAUGUCACUAACCAGUCUCUUGACCAGGCACAGUCAUUGAGUGAAGCUCUCAUACCAGAACAACACGACCUCUUUGGUGACCCACUAGAGGACAUCCUCAGUGACAAAAAUGAGCAAGAAAACAAUGAUGCUUCAAAGGAUGCUGGCUUAGAAGGCAAAAAUGUCUUUGAUGAUCCUUUGUCAUGUGUCGACGAACCCCUUUCAGCCACCCCUGCACAGUCUACUGGUGAUGAUCUUUCAGACUUAUUGAUUGAUCCAACUGGUAAAGAACAAAAAUCAGUCAUCACUGAACCACAUCACAACAUUUUUGAAGACAGACCAGAACAGAAAGACCUCUUUGGUGACCCACAAGAGGACAUUUUCAGUGCCAUCCUCGGUGAGAAGAAUGAGCAACGAACCGCCACUAAGAGUGUUGUAUCAAAGGAUGUUUCCUCAGAGGCCAAACUAUCUGAUGAUCUUCUUGAGGAGCCCACGACUGUCAGUUCUGACAGUCAUACCAGAGAUGGAGAAGAGGAAGACAUAUUUGCAGAAGCUACUGUUGAAUUAUCAUUGGAAAGUCCAACAAUUCAUGCUGAGCGUGAUGAACAUUCAAGGGCUUCACCCCUGGCUUCUUCCAGCAUCUCAAAACUAGAGCCUGCAAUAUCGGAGCUUGAGGAAGAGGAAACCGCAGACAAAUUUGACAUUGACGUUGUUGUCACUCACCCGGAGAAAGUCGGUGAUGGUAUGAAUGCUUAUAUGGCCUACAGAGUGUCCACAAAGACUUCGAUUCCAAUUUUCAAGAGCAGGAACCUUGAGGUUCGAAGGCGCUUCAGUGACUUUCUUGGGCUGUACGACAAACUCUCAGAAAAACUAUCUCAAAAUGGUUACAUUAUACCUCCACCACCAGAGAAAAGCAUCUUGGGUAUGACAAAAGUUAAAGUUGGAAAAGAAGACGCAUCAUCAGCUGAGUUUGUGGAGAAGAGGAGAGCCGCUCUGGAGAGGUUCCUACAAAGAAUUUUGUCUUAUCCCACACUGUUGCAAGACCCAGAUGUAAGGGAGUUUCUGGAAAGUGAAGAGUUACCUAAGGCAGUGAGCACCCAGCUAUUCAGUGGUGCUGGCUUCUUGAAGAUGAUACACAAGUACACAGAGGCGGUCAGCAAAAUGACCAUCAAGAUGGAUGAGACAGAUGUAUGGUUUGGGGAGAAACUUGCAGACAUUGAAGCUGAGGAGCAGCAGUUAAGACGGCUCCAUGCUUUGGUGGACUCAAUGGUGACUCACAGAAAGGACCUGUCGUCAAAUACAGCAAUGUUUGCUAAGAGCAUUGGGAUGUUGGGUGGCUCUGAAGACAACACUGCUUUGUCCUGUGCACUCGGUCGGCUAGCAGACGUGGAGGACAAGAUUGAACAGUUGCACCAGCAGCAAGCUGGAAACGACUUUUUCAUUCUUGCAGAGUUGUUGGCUGAUUACAUCCGUCUGCUGGAAGCAGUCAGGGGGUGUUUUGACCAGCGCAUGAAGAUGUGGCAGCGAUGGCAGGAUGCCCAGAAUAUGCUUCAAAGGAAACGUGAACUGGAGGCCAAACUGCUGUGGGCUAACAAGCCAGAGAAGCUACAGCAAGCCAAGGAUGAAAUCGUAGAGUGGGAAGAAAAGGUGACCCAGUUUGAGAGAGACUUCGAAAGGAUUUCAGUGACUGUUAAAAAAGAAGUACUUCAAUUUGAGAAGGAAAAGGCGAAGGAUUUCAAGAGUCAGAUACUCAAAUACCUGCAUGCCUUGCUACACUCACAGCAGCAGCUGAUGAAAUAUUGGGAGGCGUUCUUACCAGAAGCAAAGGCAAUUGCUUGAUGAAGAUGGGAAAUCAGGAGAAGCCAUGUCACAGCUUGUUUACUUAUUCUUAAGGGAACACAAAUAAUCAGACAUAUUUCACACAAAGGGUUUACACACGUAGAUUCAGAAAAGUAUAUGUGUAAGUAAAUAUUUUUUUAUUUUCAAUUUUAUAAUCACAUAAUGUUGCCUUAAAGCAGAUGUUACAACCAAAGUAAAAGCAAGUACGUAACUGCGACCAGGAGAUGUAAUUAAGGCAAUAAUUAACUACUACAUGCCGGUCUUAUUGUUGCUUGCUGGUCCAUGUACUGCGUAUGAUAUGGAACAGCUCUCUCCAUAAUAUUGACACACAACACAAUUUAGUAACAUACACGUAAAAAUUACUGACAACAUUAUUAACAUAACUUUCCAAAACACUGUUUUUAAUCUCGCAAUGGAAACAUAGGGAAUACAGAAACUGAAAAGGGAAAAAAGUUUUUUUCUGAGGGAAAACAGUGUAAUGUAUCGAUUAAUGUUAGUUACUAUUUUUUUCCCCUCUAGUACAAUUAUUAACCCUUUAUGAAGUUCAUUUAAUAACAACGCAACAGUUGCCAAGUUCUGCUACUCAGACAAUUUGUCAAAAAGUGUCACAGCAUAUUUACCUCCACUUGGUGUAACAGUUGAAAUUCUUAUAUUCUCUUAAAUACUUGUUGGUAUAUAUAGUUUUAUAUGUGGGUUUGGGGCCAUCAGGUUGUGUGGUUUUGCAGCAGUUUUGUGUGCAUGCAGAUUUGUGUUUUGUUUUACUUACCAGCUCCAGCUGCAAAUAAAGAGAUUGAAGCAAGGAUUAAGUCCGGAUUCAGUGCUUGCGUGCUGUUUCUUAAAGAUUGUCACAUUUUUCACCCUUAUAUUUGUCUUUGAAAGGGCAAAUGCAUAUCAGCUCAAUUGUAAAGUCAUUUUCUCAUUUGCAAACUGGAUGGUGAAUGAAAAACAGUCCCCCAAAAGUCGCUGUGGCUAGGUUGACUUGACAGCUGGGAAACUUUGUUUUCUCCACGGAGGAGGGGCCA